UAAUGGUGUUACAUAGUAACCCAGCUUUGUGGUCGUGGAGACGUCGCUAGAGGGGUUAAACGCGGACAUGGACUACUAAAAAGGGAUUCAUACCAAUGUGUAGAUAUUCCUGCGUGAGUCGCGUUGUGUUCGUUGAGUUAGGAAAGCGUCGCAUUGAACUGUGAGCUCUUUUUUAUACAACCUGUGCUUAAGGGAAGACGUUAUGUGUCUCAAACCAAAGUCUAUUGGUAUUGAAAUUGAUCAUUUCAAUGGAUAAAUUCAACACGAAAGGGACAUUUGUGAGGUGAGCAUUAGUGAGCUCAAAUUACCCGUAUCCUAAGCUUGACAGAAUCGGGUCUGGUUCGAGCAGAUGUGAUCGGAGUGGGGACACAUUCACUGUAUCGCUUGUUGUCAGCGUGUUAUUUAAAUGGUCCAUGCAGCACUUUACGAAACAAGCUCCUACGCCCGCGUUGCUUUGACGAAAAAAAAGCCACACAUUCGUCCCCACUUGGACGUUGUUUUGGUGACAUAACCCCAUCCACCAUGGAUCUUCUGGAGUGCCCCCUCUGUCUCUUCCUGAUGUGCGAGCCGGUGACCAUGUCGUGCGGCCACACGUACUGCCGGAGGUGCGUCGGGGGUUUCCUACCGUCCAAAUGCCCGUCGUGCAAGGAGAGGUUAAAACAGCGAGAGGUGAAGAGCAUGAAGAACAACGUCCUGCUGAUAAGUGUCGUGGAGAAGUGCUGCCCCGAGGAGACCAAGAUGAAGUGCCAUGUACAGGAGAAGCUGAAGUCCAGCGAGUUCACUGAAGCUUUACGCAUCACGAACGAGGGGCUAGACAUAGUCCCAGAUGAUCAGAGUUUAAAGGUGUACAGAGCCGAAGCCAACAGGGGACUGAUGUGUUUCUCCGACGCUCUGACCGACCUCGACUACCUCUGCUGCCUUCGUCCUAACUGGACCGAGGGCUUCUUUCGUAAAGGGAAUGUGCUGCUGGAAAUGGGUCAGCAGGCGGAGGCCCUUGUCCAGUUCCAGCGUUGCCUAAAUCUACAAGCUGACUUUGCUCCCGCAAAGAGCCAGAUCAAGAAGAUCCUGGAGGCAGAGGGCAUGGCUGUUCCAGACGACGUGUCCUGCAUCUUGCAAGUUGUGUCCGAGUACUUGAAAGAGCCCUGUCCCAUCACCAGCCUCAGUGUCUCUCAGGGGCCCACUCACCCCGAUGGCCUCAGACAUCCACAUGGGAAUGAAGGAGAGGGAAAAGGGAAGAAGGGGGCUCACCAGGGCUCAAAGGUGAAGCAUGAAUCAGAUACGGAGUGCUGCCUCAGCCUCUGCCAGGCUGUUUCCUUCCUCCCUACUGCUGAGGAGGACGAGGAGAUGAUGAUGAGGAAGGAGGAUGAGCGUGGCAGGGGUGAAAGUAGUCACCACAGAGAGAAAACCCUGACUGUCCUCACUGUGUCAGACUUUGAAUGCCCUCUCUGCAUUAGGUUGUUUUUUGAACCUGUCACUACUCCUUGUGGUCACACCUUCUGUAAAAACUGCAUAGAGAGGAGUCUGGACCACAACCUCCGCUGCCCACUCUGCAAACAGCCACUACAAGAGUACUUUAAAAACAGGAAGUACAACCCGACAGCUGUGCUUCAGGAAAUCAUGACCCGCCUUUUCCCCUCACAGCUGACGGAGAGGAAACAGGUCCACGAUGCUGAGAUGGCUGAACUGUCCAAUCUCACUAAGGACAUCCCUAUAUUUGUUUGCACCGUGGCAUACCCUGGCGUUCCCUGCCCUCUGCACAUCUUCGAGCCUCGGUAUCGGCUGAUGAUGCGACGCUGCAUGGAGACUGGCACCAAGAAGUUUGGCAUGUGCAGUUAUGAGCAUGGAAAGGGGUUUGCAGACUACGGCUGCAUGUUGGAGAUCAACUCUCUGGAGCUGCUGCCUGAUGGACGCUCCUAUGUGGACGCGGUGGGCGGCAGCAGAUUCAGGGUGAUAAAGAGAGGCCUGAGGGACGGCUACCACACCGCUGACAUAGAGUACCUGGAGGACCUCAAGGUUGAUGGCAGUGAGUUGGAGCUUUUGCAGCGUCUCCAUGACAGCGUGUACCAGCAGGCUCAGGACUGGUACCAGCGCCUUGGGAACGGUAUUAGCGAGCAGAUCACCAGGCAGUACGGCCCCAUGCCAGAUAAGGAUGACAACAUUCAGGCCUCAUCCAACGGUCCGGCCUGGUGCUGGUGGCUGCUGUCUGUCCUCCAACUGGACCCCGCCUAUCAGACCACCGUCCUGUCCCUGAGCUCACUCCAAGACCGCCUGGGACACCUCCGCCUCGUCCUCGAAUACUUCUCUCAGAGCUAGGCUCCGCAGCACCAUGCUUUUGAGAGUUAGAUAAUACAGUACAUACAAAUGGAGAGGAAUCAACAGACGCACUUGCACCACAGAGAGGUUGACUUUUGGACUCUGAAUCAUGAAGGGAUGGUCUUUAAAAUCACAGCUCGAGGCAGAAUGAUGUGGUGAAAAGCAGAAAUAUAUAGUGAGUGAAUUACUAAACGCAGAGCAGUUCAAUAGAAUCGGGUUUUUACUGUUUGGGUUUGCAUAUCUUAGACCAUUAUCUUCCCCGGGUGUUAAAGGUUUUAGAAUAGUUUCAGUAGACUCACACAUGUUUGACCAAAGAUUCUGCUUAUUAAGAUCCACUGACAGUGGUUUAUUAUUAUUAAUCGUGUAUUCACUAAAUCAGUUAUUUUUUACAAAUACUGUUGCUGAAAACAGGCACUAGGUGUCACUGUUUUUCUCCAGCAAUAAUUAUGAGGAACAUAAAAAAAACAACAUCAGCCAAGCUAAAGCAGUCCACUGGACUUUCAUGUGUUGCCUGUUGAGCAGUUUGGAGUGAGAUUGAACAUUCGUGGCACACUUAAUUUGCAUUCAGGACUAUGCAUAUUAGAGGAUUAAAGUUCCUGUUGUUUAAAGUGAUCAUUUUAAGGAAUCUGGGUUAUUUAGGUUUUGUUAAAGGGCAAUACUUGUAAUGCUAACAUUUUAGCUGCAUCUAUUAGCCUUAGUAGCCUUUGAAAAUGGCUCAUUUUAUACUAUUGAAUCAUCUUUUAAGAUCCCUAUUUAGUAUUAGCAAUUAUUGCAAUAAUGAUUUAUAUCUUCACUAAGAAGGGCAGCCGUUAGAGGAUCUUUUUUUAUUGAUCAAAAGCUGCUGAUGUGGCUGCUGCUUUUGGAUGCUGUUUGCUAUCUCCCACUGGACAAAGGGGGUCAGAGCUUCAGGACGGACAGUACCAGCACCCCAUUCAGAACUAUGUGGGUUGAAUCUGAUUUUGCUGGCACAAGCUAUUUAGAAACCAAAAGUCCAGUUGUUCACCCUCUCAGUGUUUGAAGUGUCAACACAGUUGUUUUUAACAAAAAGCGUUUUAUGAAUGAUUUACUUACUUUUCAGAUCUUUGUUUAGCCGCGGCUCUGCUCACACCUCUCGUAGACCCACAGAAGAGAUUCAAAGAGAGGCAGCUUUGUGAUGUGAAAUUAAUUUAUUUUGUGUCUUUUUCUGGUUAACUUAGCUUUGCCCGUUUGUUUUCGACGAGGAGGAGGAGACCUUUGCAGAUAACUUAGCCCCCUGUCAAACAUUGUGAAUGAUGAUUCAACAUUUCACCCCUCCCUCUCCACGUUUACAGACUGCUGUUGCUCUCAGCACUGAUAAAAACGAGUCGAAUCAGGUCUUCUCAACUUAUUAUUCAAAUGGGUAAAUUUGAGGAGGCAGCCUGAGUACCACCUUAGUUUUUACACUAUGAACCUGUGUGAAUAUGUAUGUUGAUGGUAAAGUGUGGAUGUCAGCUGUAAAUAGGGAGUCAGUUUUGUAAGUCGCCAUCAUCAUUAUCUUUUUCUUUGUUUCUUGUAGAGGACAGUACAUAUGGUGUGGUGUCGAGCACUAAGGUUCUAAAGGAAGCAGCAGUCCCAGGACACAGUGUGUAACAUCUCUUGUGCUGCAGGAAGCUCUGUGAAAUAAUGAAGCUGGGGUCUGACGAUGGCUAUCCUAACCCCCCUCCCCUGUGGUGCCUCUGUGUAGGCCACAUCACCUACAUUUGGCACCCAUGGUGUCUCCCUGUCACGAUGCCUUUGAGUGCCUGGGCCGGCUCACCAGAAUAGUGUGUGUCUUCAGAGUCUGUACAGGAAUGAGUGUGUGAUUCUUUCGAUUGGUUUUAUUGAUGUAGUGCUACAUUCCAUGGAAUGUUGAACCUGCAAUGUUACGUACUGUGAAUUUACUAACCGGGCUAAACUGGGUGAAGCUUAGCGCUCAAGAUUGUUUUUUUGUGGUUUUUAAACUUUGACACAUGUGCCAUAGAUAUUUCUAAGUUCUUUGUUUUAUUGGGAAAGUGUGCUUAAAUAGUCUCACUUUGAGUGUGUCCACAUCAUGGACGUUGUGUUUAGACUUCACGCCUUCAUCUUUUUCAUGGCCAACAUAUCACUUACAGAUAGACUUUGUACGACACAGAACAGAAGCACUGCUCGUUCCAUAUGGCAUGUAAAGCUCAGAAUUAAAGGGGAAAUCAUGACACUCAAUACGCACAAUAAAUACCCCACUAAGGGAUGACACAGCAGACAGGCUGAGGGGUUCUGGGGCAGCAAUGAUGACCUGAUAACACAGGUUACACACUUAACUCUGAACGGGGAAUUUACACUUUACUUGAGGGUAAAAACACAGUUUUUUAUCAGUUUAUAUGCUGAGCUUUUCGAAGCCAUUGAGAUUGAGAUUUGAGUCAAAUACGACAACGUGCAAGUUAUCAUACCAGUCUCCUUCUGCGGUGUGAAUUUCACUGAUUUCAACUGUAUCCUAGAGGUCAGUUUCCUGAUAGCUGACAUUCUUAAAGCUGACACGAAAAAACUAAAAGGGAUCUAGAUUCUUAUAGAAUUUUGAAAUGAUCAGCUUCAGGGCGAACGCAUGAACACAAGCCUGCAGCCACUAAGGCGAAUCUCAAUCCCCUGUCCUGUUUCUUUGCAGAGAAGACCAAGAUUUUUGCACAGUGAAAUAAUGUUGUGUAUUCUCUGAUGCUUAGCUGCCAUGCCUCACAUGUUUUACUCUUCUUUCUUUUUUUCCACACAUCAUGCAUAUUUCCCUUUGUUACUUUCUCACUUUCAGAAGCCAUUAUUGAAUAAAAUGUUGAUUCAGUCUGCAACACUCAAUGUCCAUUUGCCCUAUUUACCAUCUCAUUUGAUUUUGGGACAGUUUGUACCAACUCCACAUUGUCUCCCAACACAGAAAAGAGAGCAGAAGAAGCAGCACGUUCUUGGCAGUGUUCCUCCCGUGAGAACGAGUCUUAACACUUGGGGACUCGGGGGAAGGCUGUGAAAAGUGUGUUCUUGCUAUGUGCUGCAGCUUGCAGGAAAUGUUGGCUGAUGUGGUCUGGUGGUCAGUGGUCUCCAGGCAGUGGAAACUACAGACAUGCAUUCUCUACCCUGUGCUCACAUACCACAAUGUUCAUAAACGAGUCAAUUUAAACCCACAGAAACUGAAACCCACCACCUCCAAAGCAGUCACUUAUCUUGAUCUGAUUAUUGUUUAUUUGCUUGCCCCCCUGGAUGACUUUUUCAAUGUUAUUAUAAAUAAAGCUGUUUGAAGCAA